CAAUUUAUAAAAUUAUAUUUCAUGAAACGUUAAAAUAUGUGUCAAAUCUCGUCCUCCAAUUAUACAUACAGAGAGUACAAUUUUAUUAGUCAAAUAAAUAUAAAUUUGUGUAAUAUUUUAGAUAUAAGGUAAGAAAAAUUAAUAUGCGCCAACUGCCGCCAAGAAGUAAAGUAAAAUAUUUAAUUAUUAUCUGUCUGCACAAUCCAAAUCAGCUCCUGUCCUCCUCUAUGUUACGAAAUAAAUGUCAGGUGUUUGUAUAUUUGUAUUCACAUGGUUUGCCGCAUAAAUAUAGUAGAAUAAUCGAUCAUUUGCAUCUCCAGUUUUCAUCCCACCCCCCAUUUCAAUCUUUCACAAUCAAUGGAGGAAGACCCUAGUAAAAACCCCUCCCAGCGGGCCCCACACGACGGAGAAGACUACACCGGCGACGGCCAACCCAAGUGCUCCGGCAAGUCAUGCACGGCGGGUGUAAUAGCAGACUGUGUGGCCUUAUGUUGCUGCCCCUGCGCGCUGCUCAAUCUUUUCACACUGGCGUUUGUCAAAGUGCCGUACAUGAUUGGGAAAAAGUGUUUGAGGAAAAGAAAGAGGAAAAAGAAGAAAGUCAACGAGGUGGUGGAGAGUCAAAGGAGUGAGGAAGGGGAAUGGGUGGAAAGUUGUAUGAAUAAUUGGAGUGGAAGAUUUGAAGAAGAGAAGAUAUGGUUAGAGUUGUAUCAAAUUGGGCAUUUGGGGUUUGGGAGGCUUUCUUGUUCGGAGCUUCAAUCUUUAGGCAAAGAGAAAUAGAAUUAUAUAGAUACAUCAUUAUAUAUUUGUA